AUGUCAACACCAACGAUAUCCCAACCCUUUAUAUACCUUCCGCCAACUUCCCAUCUACCGCCCAUCUCCCGUCUCGCAUCGUUUACGGCUACCCAGCUCCUCGAUGCGCUAGCCUACCUUCGCCUUUUAUACAGUCCCGAAGUCCGAGGAUCAAGAAGGAGGCGCAGGGAUAUUAUUCCAAGUCCUCAGUCUCCUUUAACACGAAGCACUACUUUCGACUGCGAAUCCGACACCGAUCUUCUACGCUCGGAUGCUUUCGAGCGUUCAUAUGCUAUCAGAUGGCUUACGGCUCUCAUUUCAAGACAUGAAAUAUGGGAUGCUGAAGAUGAGAUAGAUAAGGAUGAAAGCACACACAAAACUCCAACGAUGAGUAUCACCGAUCCAUCAUCGCUACUUCAUGGAGAGGAGUCUCUGUCGAAAGGAAUCGAGCAAAUAUUGCUAUCGAAAGCUCCUUCAUACUUUCCAAAUCAAGCGGAAAUAGAAAGACUACUUCAAGAAGCUGCCUCUCUUCUGGCUAUAUGCGCAGGAGCUGCAGCUGCAGGGACGUUCACGCGUACUUUUACUUUUGGUUCUGAUCACCCUUCACACGCGACGGUGGAUGGUACGUUUCACCCUGGAAAGGUGGAAGUGCGACUAACUGAUCUCCCCUUGGAAAACGACGAUUACAAAAGUGUGGGAGCACAGACGUGGGGAGGGGCUUGCGUGAUGGCUGAGAUGAUCGCCGAGAAACCAAGUGACUUUGGACUGGUCGCAACAUUAGAGAACCACCAAGAAGUAUGUCAAGAAUGUCAAGGUUCCUGUAUGGGACCUUCCACACAAGAGUUCCGCGUCUUGGAACUAGGUGCAGGGACCGGUCUAGUUAGCCUCACUAUCGCCAAAGUGAUAGAAAAUUUACGCAAUGUGGCGAUGCCUUGCGGCGGGUUUCUUGGACAGAGGAAGAAUACUAUCAUUGCCAGCGAUUUUUUCCCGUCCGUUCUGGCCAAUCUGCAUUCGAAUAUUCUUACCAAUUUUCCCUCUUCUGACAAUGAUCCUCGAAAUUCAUCAUCCCCAGCGAUAUCUAUAACCAGCCGUUUCCUUGACUGGUCUGAAUUUUUCAAGGCCACUUCAAAUUCGUGCAACCCUACUGGCUUUGGGUCUGUGCACCAACUAGAAGAUAUCCUAGACCGCCCCUUCGAUCUCAUUCUCGGCGCUGACAUUAUUUACGAAUCCCAGCAUGCGACAUGGAUAAAAACAUGCGUUGAGACGCUCCUUAGGCGACCAGAACAUUAUGUAACCUCUAAACAUUCCAUGGAUUUGGCUUCUCAAGUUAUGGAUGAACCUCUAGAAAGCGGGAAGUACAUGAAUGCUAAUCCCGCUAUAUUUCACUUGAUCAUACCUCUUCGUCCGACGCACACGAUGGAAUCCAACACAAUAGAGAAGGUUUUCAGGUUUUCACCAUCUUUCGGCAUCAACGAUAAGAAGAUCAACGUAUCGUGCCAAAGCACUGCACCAUUUCUUAAAACUUCCUCUUCGCCGACCUAUAUUGCCUCUCCACAUGAACCGGAGCUUGUUGUGCUCUCAAAGCAGACAUUUUUCUGCGAAGCUAGCACCCGAGAAGUCAGUACCACCAGCGAUGAAGUCGAAUAUGUGUACUACAAAAUCGGGUGGGAUCAAGAAGAUGUUUAG